GAGGGAAAAGGGUCCAAAAGGGAGAGAAGAAACAAUUACAAAAAGAGAGGGUUGGGGGAGUGCUGGUGAGAGUUCUUGUAGGUAAUUUUCUGGUGACGGAUGGUUUGGUUCUCUCGCGCUCCCAUUGCUAUUCGUCUUCCCUGAAUGCCUUAAUCAGCGUUCGGGAAAAUUUUGGCGAUUUACGUGAGGAGAAGCGAGGGAUUCAUUGGUGAUGUGAAGAUCGAUUCAAAAGAAAUGGUAUUUGUGGGACUAUAUUCUGUGGGUUGUACUUGAGUUAGUAAAAGAAAUGAAUUCAAGGCUUGAUGUUUACCACCAUAAUGCUAUUGUUGGAAAUGUGAUAUCUGAUAUCCCAUGGAAGACUAGACCUCAAGGGAUAUUCCUAUAAGAAGUGCACUACUGCCAUUCUCUUGCGCAGUAGUUUAAUUCUUCAAAAAUGGCGGUAGUCAUAGAUCAUCAUCAUGGAUUCAAGCCAUUUAACCGAUGUCAGAGAUGCAGGCUCCAAUCCUUUACUCAAUUUGAUUACAACAUUCUUGAACUUGGCCAAACCAAUCUUACCCAUUCUUUAAAACAAGCAUUUGAAGUUGCCAAUAUUCACAGAAGCUUCUCCUCUCCGUGCUUCCCCCUAGCCACAAGAUUUGAAGAAGAGUUUGAUGGCAAUCCAAGAAUUGAGAUUGUUGGUGGCCAUGGGGCACCUAGAGUGCGAGCCCUAGUUGUUGAGGUUGCCAUAGCUAUGGCCUCUGGUAUUAAUCCCUUACCUUUGUCAAGUGGACUAGGUGGUGCUCACUUGUUGCGAAGCAAAACUGGUGAUAAUAUUGCAGUAGCAAAGCCAAUUGAUGAAGAAGCUUUAGCUUUGAACAAUCCUAAAGGCUUUGGUGGAUUAAUGCUAGGCCAACCUGGCGUGAAACGUUCUGUUCGAGUGGGUGGAACUGGAAUUCGUGAAGUAGCUGCUUAUCUUCUUGAUCAUGGUGGUUUUGCUGGUGUUCCUCCAACAGCGCUAGUGAAAAUCGCUAGUCCUGUUCAAUUCAAUGUUAAUAACGGUACAACUAAGUAUAAGAUUGCCUCACUCCAACGAUUUGUACAUCAUGACUUUGAUGCAGGGGAAUUAGGCCCUUCUGGCUUCUCAGUUGCUUCAGUGCAUCGAAUUGGAAUAUUUGAUGUAAGACUCUUAAAUCUUGAUAGGCAUGCUGGAAAUAUACUUGUCAAGAAGAACGAUGAACGCGAUAAUUAUUCAAUUGGGGCAGCUGAGCUUGUGCCUAUAGACCAUGGACUUUGUCUACCUGAAUGGCUUGAUGAUCCUUAUUUUGAAUGGUUGCAUUGGCCUCAAGCCUCAGUUCCCUUUUCAGAGAUAGAACUUGACUAUAUAUCCAAUCUUGAUCCUUUUAAAGAUGCACAGCUCUUAAGGACUGAGCUUCCUUCUUUAGAGGAAUCAUCCAUCCGUAUUCUCAUCCUUUGCACAAUUUUCCUGAAGCAAGCUGCUUCUAAGGGGCUUUGCCUUGCUGAUAUAGGGGAAAUGAUGACUAGGGAGUUUUGCAGUGAAGAGAAAAAUUUGAGUGAGCUAGAGAAUCUUUGUGCAAAAGCAAAGGCAUAUGCGGUUAAGGCAUCUGAUGAUGAAGAUGAUGGUAAAAAGAAAAAUGAGCAAAUUAGUAUGAAGGAAAAGGAAGGUGUUGAUAUAUUUGAAUUCAAUUGUGGAAAUGGAAAUGCUUCUGAAAAGGUUUUGGAUAUCCCUCAACUCUUACAAUGUCCUCCUAGCAUGGCUAAAGUUCCAAGAUUUUCAUCUGUAAGAUCGAUGCCUAGGUUGCACGAUUCAUCGACAUUAUCUCCAAUGUACUCGGAAAAUAACCAUGAUGAUAAUUGCAGUGACAACACAAAGAUCAAGGAAGACAAUGGGCGGUUGACAAGGAGCACUAGUUGCUCGGCACAAAAUUGCAAGUGGGAAAAUCAAGGCAUUUCUCUCGGGGACAUGAGUGGAGAAGAAUGGGAAUUGUUCUUAGAGUGCUUUCAGAAGCUUUUGCCAAAAGUGUUUCAAGGCACCAAAUGCAUGGCCUCCAAGCAAAGGUUGGGAACUUCUGGCAAGUUCUAAACAAGUAAGAAUGCUUCCAAAGAAACAACAUAAAUUGAACCAGUGAUUAAAGACAAAUAGUUGCUUGUAUCUAGUUUUGGAGUGAUUUUGCAUAUUGUCCCUAUCAAGUUUUAGUAUAUUAGUAUAUGCAAUACAUAAUAGAUAAACACAAAAGAAGGAAAAGGGACCGGCAGGUUGUUAUCCUUUCCAUUUCUUUUUCUGUAUAUUCUUUUUUAUUAUUUUUAUUAAUUAUUGGAUUAUACAACAGGUUUGCAUGGACAUAUUUGUAAGAAAAGAAUUAUAUCAUCCAAAAUGUGAAUACUGUUUAUUA